CCUCAUUCGCUUGUGUCCUGGGAUUGUGCAUAUCACAGCGGUUUGUCCCAGUGAGGCACCGGUAGAGGGAGCACGUGACCGGCUAAGCAGGAAGUGAGACUGUAGAGAGGAGAUAGACCGGGGGAAGAGGAUCCCACGUUAUUGCAAGCAGUUGUGGGAGUAGAAGAUCACAUUAAUCACAUUACACAGGUACGGUAGGAUGAGAGAGCAACCAAAAUUACCAGGGCCCACGAAUUAUGAGCGAAUAGUGCUGAAGAACCCCUCCGAGCACCAUUACAUGAAGGUUCAGCUUGUAUUUCAUGGAGAAAGGGCCCAGCUCAAUGCCACACAGUUCAAGCUGCUGGUAGUCUCUGCCCUGAAGAGCCUGCACGGAGAGGUGGGAUCGUCUCUCCCUUUGGAUCUUUUGAGUUUUGAUGAAAAGACACUCUGUGCGAUACUGCGGGUCUGUAGCAGGGGACUAGUGAAGUUGUGGACCUCAUUAACAUUGCUGGGACUUUAUAAGAACCAUGAAUGCUCCAUUCGCGUGAUACAGACGUCCCCGUUUCUGUUGGCACUGGCUGGUAACAGCAGGGAACUGGAUCUAGAAUAAUAUCCUCUCUUGGACCUCGUUAUAAAGGAAGAUGCCUCUGACGUCAGUCCUUUGCAAGGCAGCUAUUUAUGUGCCCACC